CUGUCGCCGGGCUCGGGGCGUUAAGGCCGCAGAAGCUGCGGGGCGGCGGCGCAGACGGGCAGGAUGGUGGCGAGCGGGGAGCUGGCGCUGCUGCUGCUGAUCCCGUUGCUGGCGCUCACCGGCCCCGCGGCCACGCUGGCCGGUUACAUCGAGGCGCUUGCAGCCAAUGCUGGAACAGGAUUUGCAGUGGCAGAGCCUCAGAUUGCCAUGUUCUGUGGGAAGCUCAAUAUGCAUGUGAAUAUCCAGACUGGGAAAUGGGAGCCUGAUACUUCUGGGACCAAGAGCUGCUUUGGAAGAAAGGAAGAAAUUCUACAAUACUGUGAGGAGAUCUAUCCAGAGCUUCAGAUUACAAAUGUGGUAGAAGCCAACCAACCAGUCAGCAUUGACAACUGGUGUAAGAAAGGCAAGAAGCAGUGCAAGGGCCACACCCACAUUGUUGUGCCCUACAAGUGUCUGGUGGGUGAGUUUGUAAGUGAUGUCCUGCUGGUUCCAGAGAAGUGCAGAUUCUUCCACAAGGAACGGAUGGAUGUGUGUGAAAGUCAUCAGCACUGGCACACUGUGGCCAAAGAGGCUUGUUUGACAGAGGGGAUGAUCCUGCACAGUUACGGCAUGCUGCUUCCCUGUGGGGUAGACCAGUUCCAUGGCACAGAGUACGUAUGCUGCCCUCAGACAAAAAUUGUGGAUGAAGCUCUUUCCAAAGAGGAAGAGGACGAAGAUGAGGAUGAAGAUGAUGACUACGACCUUUAUAAAAGCGAGUUCCCAACAGAGCCAGAUGUGGAAGACUUCACAGGCACAGCUGUGGAGGAGGAUGAGGAGGAAGAGGAUGAGGAAGAGGAGGAAGUGGUGGAAGAUCGGGAUUACUAUUAUGAUAACUAUAAAGUAGAUGAUUACAAUGAAGAGACCCCUACUGAGUCCAGCAAUGACAGGUCUCUUUCUGAAAAGGAAAUAAUUAGUGAUAUGAAAGCUGUCUGCUCCCAGGAGGCGAUGACAGGUCCCUGCCGGGCUGUGAUGCCUCGUUGGUACUUCGACCUAUACAAGAGAAAAUGCAUUCGCUUUAUAUAUGGAGGCUGCGGAGGCAACAGGAACAAUUUUGAGUCAGAGGAAUAUUGUAUGGCUGUGUGUAAAAAGAUGAUUCCCCCUACUCCUGUACCCACUGAUGAUGUGGAUGUGUAUUUUGAAACCCCAGCCGAUGAUAACGAGCACGCCCGCUUCCAAAAAGCAAAGGAGCAGCUGGAAGUGCGACACCACAACCGCAUGGACCGGGUGAAAAAGGAAUGGGAGGAAGCAGAAUAUGAAUCCAAGAAUCUUCCUAAGGCGGAGAGGCAAACUCUCAUUCAGCACUUCCAGGCAAUGGUUAAAUCUCUAGAGAAAGAGGCAGCCAGCGAGAAGCAGCAGCUUGUGGAGACUCACCUGGCUCGAGUGGAAGCUAUGUUGAAUGACCGCCGUCGGAUUGCCUUGGAGAACUACUUGGCUGCCCUGCAAGCUGACCCACCACGACCCCACCGCAUCCUCCAAGCCCUGAAGCGUUACGUCCGUGCCGAGAACAAGGACCGUCUGCACACUGUCCGCCAUUAUCAGCAUGUCCUGGCAGUUGACCCAGAAAAGGCUGCACAGAUGAAAUCUCAGGUGAUGACACACCUCCACGUGAUUGAGGAGAGGAUGAAUCAAAGCUUAUCUCUGCUCUACAAGGUACCGUAUGUGGCUGAAGAAAUCCAGGAUGAGAUCGAUGAACUGCUUCAGGAGCAGCGUGCUGACAUGGACCAGUUCACAUCCUCCAUCUCAGAGUCCCAGGUGGAUGUCCGAGUCAGCUCUGAGGAAAGCGAAGAGAUACCCCUCCAGGAGGGGAAACCCUUCCGUCCAUUCCAGGUGAAGACCUUCCCAGCCUUGCCUGGAAAUGAAGAUCCUCAGCCGGAUUUGUACCAUCCAAUGAAAAAAGGUUCUGGCAUAGCUGAUCUGGAUGGACUGAUCGGGGCUGAAGAGAAAGUGAUUAACAGCAAGAACAAAGUGGAUGAGAAUGUGGUAAUUGAUGAAACCCUUGAUGUGAAGGAAAUGAUUUUCAAUGCAGAGCGAGUCGAUGGACUGGUGGAUGAGCCGGAUAAUGAGAGUUCCCUUCGUGAGGACUUCAGUUUGAGCAGCAGCGCCCUCAUCGGUCUCUUGGUGAUUGCAGUUGCCAUAGCCACAGUCAUAGUCAUCAGCUUGGUGAUGCUCAGGAAGAGGCAGUACGGGAGCAUCAGCCAUGGGAUUGUGGAGGUUGACCCAAUGCUUACCCCAGAGGAGCGGCAUCUGAACAAGAUGCAGAACCAUGGCUAUGAGAACCCAACUUACAAAUACCUGGAGCAGAUGCAGAUUUAAAGGAUCUGAAAAUGCAGCAGCCCUGACCAGCAAAGGGGCAGGGCAGGGAGGGCCAAAAUGGUCCAGCGUUUUGGAUCGACUGCUGACCAACAGUUGCUUCAAGAGGACUUCAUCUUACAUUCAGAACUCCUGGAUCAUUAAGACUAUAAUUACUACUGUAGAGUUGCAAUUUCCAUUCUUUUAAAUGGGUGAAGAAAUGAUAAUAUAACAAUAUAUGAUAUAUAAAUCUUCUUAAAUGGGAAAAAUGGAUCUAUUGCAGAUAUUUGACUGAGAUGUAGUUUUUCUUUUUUAAAAAAUUAAUCUGAAAUCCCCGGUUCUGUUUUUGUCGUCUGAUACAAGCACUAUAUAUAUAUAAAUGGGAAAUGUUGAUUUUUAUUUCCGAUAGACCACUUGUAUAUUGAAGGUCAUUUGUACCAGCCACAUUGUAUAAAGGAGACACUUGUGGCUCUUUGGUCAUUUUGGCUUUUAUAUAUAAAGCAGUAUUCCCUUUUUUUUUUAAAGUGAAUUUUGCCAGAAGUUGCAAAGAGAUUAAAUAGGGUUAGGAGCUGUGAGAACAUAACUAAGGGUGCAAUUCAAAAAGAUUGUUAACGAACAGCUUUAUAAAAAUCCCCUGCUGCCUGCCAGUGAUCUGUGCACUUCUGCGGCAUAGCGGUGUGGUUUCUAGGAAUCUAGACUCCCUGGAGGCAAGGAGUUAAAAGGCUUCUAGCAUCUUUGUUUAUAGCCAUUCUAGUGGAAUGUUAGAACAUGGUUGUUCUGGAGUCUGCACAUUCCCCUUAUCUUCUGAAUUCAGUCUUGCUGUACAGUUGGAAGUCUUUGAUAUUGAAUUUAAAUCCCUCCUUCUGAUCCUCUAACCUUCAGUGCCCAUCUGGCAUUAGCAGUGCCCUGUUGCUACUACUUUGUAACUUUCUCCAGUCCACCUUCCCCCCCCUACCACAUGGUAAGUAGUCUCUAAAUUGAGGUUUUGGAGCUCUGCAUCUCUUUCUGAUGAGGCUGGGCUGUUCUGGAGUUGUGUGCAUGCUCAGAGAAUGCCCAAGCUUUGCAAUAAUCAAGCAUCUGGGGAGCUGAAUAACGUGGGAUUUUACUUUAAGUUAGGGGUGGGUGGGGGGAAGAGAGAGGAAAUGGAUACUGUCUAUUUUACAAAAAACUGGAUGCAUAGACCAUGAGGAGAGCAGUGGGGUGUUGUUCCAUUCACCAUCAUGUCUUUGUAAUGCUUGUAUAGUUGAUGUUAAUGCUCAUGGCUUUUUUUAAAUCUGGAGGUUCUGGUAACCUGUGGUGUAUUUUUUCUAUUUUCCUGUGACUUUGUUUUCCUUUUCCCCCCCCCUUCCAUGUCUCUUCCCACUAUGCACAGAUUUAACUUAACCUGCAAACUCCUUAAUGUGGUCUGUGGGGAAUGUACAAAGUUUAAACACAUCAAUAAACACUUUAACUUCCAGA